CCUCAAAGUUUGGUUAGAUUAUCUUCUAAAUAGAAAAAAUUUAGCAUAUAUUAUUUAUUAGAAGUAUAGUGUAUAUGCAUAUAUGUAUAAAAUAUAAUUGAAAGAAAUCAGCUGUUUUUGACAGAUCGCAAGUUAAUUUUAUCGGAACGUCACAGUGACACUUACAUACACGUGGUGUGCACGCAUCUGUCAUGGGAAGCACGGACACCGCGACGAAAUUGUUGAACGAUAGUUACGAACUCGAGGAGUACGGGAUGAAUCUGAAGAUUCUACCCUGCAACAAUCAAGUGAAAGAGUUGCAAACCAUUUUGCGGGAUAAGAAUACUUCAAGAAGCGAUUUCAAGUUUUAUGCUGAUCGUUUGAUAAGGCUAGUUAUCGAAGAGAGUUUGAACCAAUUACCUUUUACAAAAUGUGUGGUGACAACUCCAACUGGUGCCAAAUAUAAAGGUUUAAAAUAUCAGAAGGGAAAUUGUGGUGUAUCUAUAGUAAGAAGUGGAGAGGCUAUGGAACAGGGUCUAAGAGAUUGUUGUCGUAGUAUUAGGAUUGGUAAGAUAUUGGUAGAAAGUGAUGCAGACACACAUGAAGCUAGAGUAGUUUAUGCUAAAUUCCCCGAUGAUAUAUCUGAAAGAAAGGUCUUAUUAAUGUAUCCAAUAAUGAGUACAGGAAAUACUGUCAUAAAAGCUAUAGCAGUACUGAAAGAGCAUAAUGUGCUCGAAGAAAAUAUUAUUCUGUCAAAUUUGUUUUGUACACCAAUCGCGGCCAAAUCUCUAGUCACUGCCUUUCCUAAGAUGAAGAUCCUAACAUCAGAGAUCCAUACUGUUGCACCAAAUCAUUUUGGACAAAAAUACUUUGGUUUGUAUAGUUCAGUUGAAAUAACAUUGACAAUUAAUUUCUCUCAAUUUGAUUUAAUUGUUGUCAAAAAAAAUACCUUAUUAUAUGUUACACAUAUAUUUAAAAUAACACAUUGUACGUAUUAUUUUUGCUACAUAUAUCUUACAGAGACAUGUAAGAAAUUAAUCAGUUUAGAUAAUAUAAAUAUAAAUGUCUAUAGAAAAGCAUAAUAUGAAAUGUGAUUUUAGAAUGCAUUAAAACAAUGCAUCUUAAAUAUAUAAUAUUAUAAUAAUUUAACAAUUUACUUCUGCAUGUUUUGAAAACUUAUAAAAAGAAAUACACUGUAUACGUGAAAGGGAAUAAAGAGACAUAUAGUCUGAGAUGCUUAUAUCGAUAUUUAUAUUAAAAAUCGAAUAAUUUUGAUUCAUUCUUGAUUGUUGCAUUUUAUACGUAAUUUUUAAUGGAAUAUUUGUAUAGAUUGAUACUUGUAUUAAUUAUAUACAGUUAUAUACAUUAUAUACAGAUUCUUCUUAGUACAUUUUAGUCGAAAUGGGUACAAAUAUUAUUUACAAUAGUUUAAUAUAGACAAAAUAUAGUACAUUUUAAUGUUUACUAUGAAGAGAAUUAAAUAUUAUAGUGCAUUAUGUAAUUUAUUUAUUUACUUGAUGCCAUAGAAGUGAUUUUGAUGUGAUUGGGGAGAUUGGGUAGUCUUAAUUGUUUAUUCUUGUAAUGUCAGAUAAGAGCAAAGAAUGAUAUAUGUACAAUAGGUAUACAUUAAAAACUAUUCUGUAAACAAUAUGUAGAAUGCAAUUUAUGAAGUCAAAAUACAAUUUACAAUUCAA